UUUUUUUUUUUUUUUUUUCCUCAUUACAUAUUUUCUAUAUGAAUUUAUACUCAAAUUUACAAUCUGGUCUGGUAGCACGUUGUUCAAAUCUUAAUCUUUCAUCAUAAUACUCUCUGUUUUUUAUUACAUAAACUUAAAAAAACUCCUCCCCCUUCUCCAAUGAGUGCCGUUUUCCAUUUCGACGAUUUUCCAUCUGCCUUGAGAUCUGUUCAAGAUGAAGAGGUCACUGAAAGUGGAUAUUCUUCUGAAAUCGACACAACCGAACCGAGGCAAAUACCAGCUGAUGAAAAACUCUAUGAAGUUCCCUUGGAUGAAAACUUUAUAUCUUCAGCAGUGACAAAACCUUCUGUCAAUCCUCAAAAAGUAUCAUUGGAUGAUUUUGAAAUUUUGAAGCUAUUAGGCCGUGGAGCUUAUGGUAAGGUAAUGCUGUGUCGUCAUACAGAAAGCGGUAUACUUUACGCAAUGAAAGUAUUGAAAAAGGCUUCACUUUUUGUUCAUGCUAAGAAUGCUGAACAUACAAAAGCCGAACGACAAAUUCUAGAAGAAGUGGGUAACCCUUUCAUUGUUCAAUUAUACUAUGCGUUUCAAACAAACGACAGAUUGUAUCUGAUCUUGGAAUAUGCAACAGGUGGUGAAUUAUUUACUCACAUGGCUACCGAACAUAUGUUUGCAGAAGAUGUGGCACGCUUCUAUUUAGCUGAAUUGUUAUUGGCUUUGGAGCAUCUGCAUGGUUUGGGUAUUGUUUAUCGUGAUUUAAAGCCUGAAAAUUGUCUAUUGGAUGGUGAAGGACAUGUUCUCUUGACUGACUUCGGUUUGUCAAAAGUGUCCUUAGAAGGAAGUAGAACAAAUACCGUCUGUGGCACUGCUGAAUAUAUGGCUCCAGAGAUUUUGUUGGAAUUGAAUUAUGAUAAAGGUGUUGACUUUUGGACCUUUGGUAUCUUGAUGUAUGAAAUGCUGACGGGCUAUACCCCUUUCCGUUGUGGCAACAAAAAAAAGACAUUGGAUGCCAUUCUCAAGAAGAAAUUACAAAUUCCAUACUAUAUCUCUGCAGAUGCCAAGGAUUUACUCAUUCGUCUUUUACGUAAGAAUCCUAAUGUUCGUCUUGGAUGCGGAGAGGAUGGUUUAGAUAAACUCAAGUCGCACAGAUUUUUCAAAAAAAUUGAUUGGGAAGAGCUGAAGUCGCGCACUUUAACGCCUCCUAUUACACCUAUCGUGACGGAUCCAACUUUGGCCGAAAAUUUCGACGAUGAAUUUACCAAUGAGGUUAUCAAGGACACACCUGUUGAAGGGGCCAAUUUAGAUUCUCAAAUGAAGGAUUACUUUUUAAACUUUAGUUAUGUUGCUAAAACAGACUAUUUAACAAAGGCGUUUGAAAAAUGAAAUUCUGUAGUACACUUUUUAUUUAUGCAUAAAUACACACAACCUGUUUUUUAUAACACAGCCUCAUUUUCAUUUUUCAUUUAAAAAAAAACGCGGCGCAAGUCUUCUUUAUAAAUCAUUUGUAAGCUAAUUGUGCUGCGCGUGUAUCAC